GGCUGUAGCCUCGGCGAUGGAGCGACGAAGGCAAUUUUGCAGUAGGCUUUCAAUUUCAAAGGUAGAUUUUGGCGGCUAAGUUUGCUCUCGGUAUUUGAUUCGUAUGUGUGGGAAUUAUAAAAAAAGUCAUGUCAAAGAGAACUGCUGCAUAUCAGUUAACUGCCGAAAAUUUUGACGACGAAGGGGAUCAAGAUGAUAGUGACAAAGCAAAUGAUGGCAAAGCAUUCUCCAAAGCAGCAGAUGAUGUCAUGGCUAGAAGAGUAAUUAAGAAAGCCAAGAGAAGAAUUGAUCAAACUGAGGCACCAUCAUCAAAUCCAUUCAGUAUAUUAUCAAGUCUUAAAGCUUCAAAUGUACCAAAGUUAGCAUCCUCCAUGGAACCCAGCAAUGCUUCAUCAGAGAAUCCAUUUUCUCAAGCUUCUGCCAUUUCAUUUGGAAAAGAGUCAGCAGACCUUUCUGGUGCAUCAUUUCUAAAGAAGGAAGAUUACCAAUCUGGACAAAGCUUGAACUUAUUUGGUAAAAUGGCAAAACAAACUGAAAGUAAAACUCUAUUUAGCAACUUAUCAACAGGAACUAUGAUGCCUGGAUUGAUGAAAACAAAUGGUUCUCAAAAGGUUGAUGAAAAUAUAAAACAAGUAAGUCCUCAAAGUUCAGAGUCAGGUCAAAUGUAUGCUGAGCAGAUUACAGCUUUAAAUGUGAGUGUUCUUAGCUGGAUAAAGAAGCAUAUUGAUGAAAAUCCACUCAUAGACUUAACACCAGUUUUUGCAGACUACACAAAACACAUGAAUGAUAUUGAGAAAAAGUAUGGGAAAUCAGUUGAAGAAACAAGCAAAGCAGUAGCAAAUAAUUUCAAUAAAGGUGAUAAUAGUCCAGCCAAAUCAAUGCAAUCUGAAGCAACAACUUGUUUGCCAAUCAUCACAAAGGCAAAUGAAGUCACAGCAGGCAAAUCAACAUUGGUCCCUACUUUUCUAGGAAAUACACAGGCAACUUUUUCAGUUCCAGAAUUUAAAACAAAUGAGAGAGAAAAUGAAGAUAAGGAAGAAGCAGAAGAUGAAGAUAGUGAAAAGGAUGAUCAAAAAAUAAUAAUCGAAGAAGAUUCUUUCUAUACAACAAGAUGCAAAUUGUUUUUCAAGAAAGGAACAGAAUGGAAAGAGCUUGGUGUUGGCAUGUUAUAUCUGAAGCCUUUGAGUGAAAAAAUACAGCUGCUUGUUAGAAUGGAGACUGCUGGUGGAAAAGUACUAUUAAAUAUUUCAGUUAGUGACAGUAUACCAGCAGGCAGGGUUGGUAAGAACAAUGUCUCCAUUGUCUCUGUUCCAAACCCACCUAUAUUCAUGAAAGCAACAGAUGGUGACAAUACAAAACCGCUUAACUAUCUGAUUAGGGUCAAGGACAGCAAUGAAGCUGACAACCUCCUGAAAUACAUCAAAGAAGGAAAGAAAUAAUGUUAAUCGUUGAUUUUAGAUGUUCACUUAGCAUAAACUUAGGUAUGGUUACUGAGCUCAGAAUGUGAUAACUGUAACAAUAAGAAUCCAUGAUUUGGUGUAGCUGAAGAGUUUGCUUGCCAACUUGAGACAUCUCAACAAGAAUGUUCAAUCUGAGAUAAAUCAUAUUAUUGUAUAAUAGAAUUUAUAGGACAGUUGAGACAAAGUAUAACAUUAAGGAUUUGCUAAGAUACCAAGGGUUUCGGUUCACUUAAUAGCUUUAUUAGCUUUUAUAAAUAUCAACAAAGAUUCACAUGAAAACUUUUAUUGUGAUGUUUUUGCUCUUAUUUUGUCAUUAGAUUUUAAUAUUUUAUGCUUUUUUCAAACUGUUUGUAGAUUCCAUAUCACUAAAUGUAAUUGUUUUAUUUCAAAUUAUGUCUAUUCAAGUGCUUA